CGCGCGGGCUGCAGAUGUCGGACAGGCAGGCAGCUGAGGGGCCGGCCUUCUGGAGCCCCGCAGCUCGCCGAGGGUCGGCGGGCGGCGUCGGGGACCGACGGAGAGUGGAGGAGAGCCAGGCGGCAGCCUCAGAGAAGGAAGAUCUGGAAAGCACCAAAGUCAACUCUCUACUGGCUUCUGCCUCUGACCCAGCACCCCAGUCCUCACCCUACAGGCCACAGAUGGUAUCUCCAGCCAGUAAGGAUACCACGGAAGAUCUACAGAAAGCGGCUGGUGCCUCAGAGGUUCAGGCUCCGGGGGAGCAGGCGUCGCUGCCAGCAGGCCAGACCCAGGUUCUCAGUGAGAUGGCCAAAUACCAAGCUCCACAGCGACCCGAAGACACAGUUAUGAUCCAGUCUGAGCACACUGGGGCUGUCGAUAUUCUUUCAGCGGAUUUGGAAUCGGCAGAUCUUCUGGGGGACCACAGGAAAGUCUCUCCACCUCUGAUGGCUCCUCCGUGCAUCUGGACCUUUGCCAAAGUGAAGGAGUUCAAAAGCAAGCUGGGCAAGGAGAAGAACAGCCGUCUGGUAGUGAAGCGAGGAGAAGUAGUCACCAUCCGGGUCCCCACCCAUCCUGAGGGAAAGCGUGUUUGCUGGGAAUUCGCAACUGAUGACUAUGAUAUUGGUUUCGGAGUUUAUUUUGACUGGACCCCGGUUACCAGCACUGAUAUAACUGUGCAGGUCAGUGAUUCCAGCGAGGACGAGGAGGAGGAAGAGGAGGAAGAGGAGGAGAUUGAAGAACCCAUCCCUGUGGGAGAUGUGGAGAGAGGCUCCAGGAGUUCUCUACGGGGCCGCUAUGGGGAGGUGAUGCCUGUGUACCGGCGGGACAGCCACCGAGACGUGCAAGCUGGCAGCCAUGACUACCCUGGGGAGGGCAUCUAUUUGCUCAAGUUUGAUAACUCGUAUUCCUUGCUCCGCAACAAGACUCUCUACUUCCAUAUCUACUACACUAGCUGAAGGAUGCUGGGCUAGGGCAGGCUUUGUCUCCUGGCUGAAGCAGGCUGCCAGCGGUGCCUCUUGUGUGUAAGCAAGAGCCUAAAGCUCUGUGUGGGGCCCUGCAGCCUCGUGCCCUGCCUGGCAUGCCUGACUACUGACCCCAUGUAGCUCUUCCCCUUUCUUGGCUUCUGCAGGUGGUGGUGUAGUGCUCCUGUCUUAUGGUCCCUGACUCACACUCUUUUUCCGACUCCAGCAAAAACCCUCUCAGAAGGCUCCUAUGAGGCAAAAGCCUAAAGUGAAGUAGAAGGAUGUCUUAAAAACUUGAUUUACUCUGUAAAGCUCAUCAUUCAGGUUGCCGCUCACUCUUCUCCAGAGCCUGUAAUGCCAAUGUACUUAGUAGCACCUACCUUCUUUACAUUUCAAGGUGCCAGAAGAGGGAAAAGCACAUUGUCUAUGAAAGAGCCCAAUAUCUUGGAUGGAGAAUGCUCUAUCCAGCCUCUCACCACUGCCAUAUUCCUGCCUGCCUGCUGGGUAUUCUUAGUCUCUGGCUCAGGCUGGGAGACCUCACUGCCUUGAAUGGAAAUUAUUAUUCCUGAUGGUUAGACCCUUCCUCCUUUCUCUUUACCAAGUCUGUGUUUCUGCCAUGUAGCAAGAACCUCCAAGUAGUUGCAAGUCAUGGUCAGUGUCCCAAGAGAAAAAAAGUGGCCUCUGUCACUUCCUGUCCCCAGACUUACCUCCCUUACUAAGGGUGCUGGUAGUUGAUGAAGAAAGGGUGGAAGGUGACCACUGAGUUUAUCUCAGACCCCGCCCUUUUGGAAAUCAAGUAUUAGUCCCCCAGACCCCCCUGUCUUAGGCCAUGUGUGUUACAAAGAUUUGGUUGGAACCAAAUACAGUGAAACCCAGUCAGAUUUGCAGGGAUUCUGGGUUUGUGUUUUUUACACUGAGGAUGAAAAGCUUUUGGUGUUCAUGGUUCUUAGGGAAAGUAAUCAUGGGACUUUGCUGUUGCUGCUGACUGUGUGUGCUCCUUACUUGACCAAAGCCUGCAGGCGCCAGCCUCUCACAGUCUUCAUCCUGAGGUUCUGACGAGGCAGAAUGUAGUUGUAUUGUAGUGGGUGGCCACAGAGCAGCAGGUGCUAAGGCCUCAGGUGGAGCAGGCACACAGUGGGGCAUGGGCCUCUGCAGCCAUCCGCACCUCUGUUUCCCAGUCUGUGUCAUCUGCCAUUCUUCUGAAUUUUGAAUAAAUAGUUUUAUUUAUUACUUUAUUUAUGUCUUUUAAAGCACAUUUUAGAUUGCCUUUGAGACAGCUCCCGUCUGUUUCUCAUAAGGUUUCCCAUCUGCUCUGAGCCACCAAGGCCACCCCUUUAGGGCUUGGAAGAUGAUCAUGUGUGUUCAUUUCAAUACGCCAGCCCUGGGAUGCUUUGGGAAGUCUGCUCUUUCAGAGAUGGAGGACUCCAACCUAGUCCUUUUCAGGUACACUCAGUGCUCCCACUGAGGGAUUCUAUUCAGUGUGAUGGAUGCAGAUUGACUUAAAGAACUGACUGGUGAGUCAGAGAAAACCGAGCACCAUGAUUAUAGGAUGCAAAAGUCCUUUUCCUCGUAUGACAACCUCUUCAUAAUGUUUCUGUUGGCUAUUCCUUUUUUUAUCUCAUGGUUGCCUCACACCAAGCCUCUGUGCCCUACAGGAGUGAUCACCCAAAGAGCAGAAUCUUGCCAGUAGGUGUGUGGUCAGGAGCAAAGGGAAUGUAUCCUGCAGCUCUGUCAGCUGGGAAGCGAAGCGUGGGCUGUAUGGCCUGCCAUGGCCUCUCAGUGGCCAGUCAGCACCACACCGCCAUUCUUUCAUCACUGCAGAUGUGCUUUGUAGGGAUAUUGGCCAAAAUUCAUCUGCCCUCUAAGAAUUAGUAAACUAUUUGGGCAGUGAAACAGACUUGCUGCUCAUCAUGAUCAUGGCAUCAGAUGGCUGAGUUGAAGUUAAAUCAUGCUUUUACUGACUGAGUGUAUUCUCUGUUUAAGAAAACAAAAGAAACAAAGAAACACCUCUUUGAGGCUAUUCCCACGUCAGUGGUAGUCUCCUUACUUCUCUAGUUUGUUGUGGACCCCUGACUGCUCUCAGCCAGUAGCAAGGCCCCUGGGCUUUCCCUAGCAUGCUUCAUCUUGUCUUUCCUUAGGCUUGUCUUCUUGUAGUAGUGCAUAGCAGGGAAGUUGAGGGGCUCCCCAUCUCUCUAUGCACCUGUCACUUGCUGGGCAACAGAUAUUUCUUACUGAUUUUUCCUCAGCUGGGUUGUUUUCGUUUUUGUUUUGUCUUGUGAACAUAAAAUACCUAAAGGAAGACGUGUCCAUAGUAUGACGCAUUCAUUCUUCGUGCACUAAAUUUUUGCAAUAAGAGAACGUGAGAAACAAAGUAUUAUUUAUUGAAACUCGGGUAAUUAUGGAGAACACAGAACACAUUCCUUGAAGGUUCUAAGAAGUGUUAAUUUCUUGGUCCCUCCAUUUCAAGUUUAAAGAAUCAAACAAUGAAAGAAACGAUCUGCUUCUAUCCUGCCCUGCUCUCUAGAGCACAAAUAAAUACUAUGCAGUUAAAGAAGGGAGCUCUAAGAGAGCAGAGACUAGGAUUCUCUUCACAGAGUGGCUGAGUUCUUAAAUUUUUUCAAUUUGUCUAAUUUUGCUACUUUGUUGAGACAAAGCUUUUUAAAAAGACAUAUCUAAAAUGCUAUUUUUCCAACAUCUUAUUAUGAAAAAUUUCAGCAAACAAAAAAGCAUAUACUUACAUCCCACAUAUAUUUUUAAAUUACAAACUGCCAGUUUCUAAACAAAGAUUCUAGCUUUUAGUUUCCUUUGACAAGCAUCCACUUGGAGGAUGUCCCCUGUACCCAGCGUCGACUCUCUGUCAGAGAGCCCUGCUUACACACAUCUUUUAUUCAACACUGGCUGCCUACAAGGUCUUCACAAAAAUGGCUGUCAGCCUCCAUCUUUCAGAAAGCCAGCUGUCCGUUCCUUCAGGUUGUAGCCUCUCUGCCUGUCGGUGUUAAGGUAACUGUGUAGCUGUGCUGGAAAGCCUUCCUUCCCAUCAGUAGCUUUCUGACACAUCCUCAGGAUGCUCACAUGCAAACCCACUCCUCAGACGCAUGGAAACAGGUAGCAGCUUGAAAGUAGACUAUUCUUAGUUAUUUUCCUAUGGAUGGAUUCAUGCACUUUAAAUGGACUUUUAAAGAAGUAUAUAUUAUUCCAUUAUAUGAAUACAGACAAGUUAACCUGUAACUUAUAUAUACAUGGGAUUAGAUAUUAUUGUGGAGUUUAUAAUAUAUUCAUUUUGAUUUUGAUGAGUUGUACUCAGUUCCUUCUUUGUGAGGAAUGGGUAAAAUCCAAAUCCUAAAGUCUGUGAUUGUAUAUUUAUGUUUAAAAACCACUCUGCAAAAGGUUGCCUUUAAUGUCAUAGGCCAUGGUUCUAAGGUGUGGGAUUGAGCGACCCUAGUAAUUAUAUAGAAGAUGUUUUUAGUGGACAGAGAAAAGGGAGCACAAAUUAAGUUUGUGUUGCUUCAGAACUGCCUUUUAAAUGGACAGUAAAGGGUGCUCAUUUAAAAUUGGAUAGAACAGAGGCUGGGAGAGGGAAUAAACCAUCACGUGUGUCCCAGAAUUCAUUUAGUGCAUUAGUGCUACUUUGUUCAUUGGAACUGUUUUGUAAGCCAGAGACUUACUGGUUCUUGUUGUGUUCAGUGGAGAACCCUCCAGCCCUCUGUGCCGCCAUCUGUUAGGAGCAUCAGCUGUAUGCCUUUAUGGGUAGGUCUUCUCUACUUCAUGUAACCCUGACCUGAGGAUUGGUUUCCUGUCUCCAUCCUUUGGGGCCAGAGAGAGAGUCAGUUCCACUUGUGGUGCUGAAGCCACAGCUGUGAAUGUGUCCUUGAAGGCAUAAGAUGCCUUUUGUCCAAUACCACAAGCCCUACAGUCAUAUGAGUGCCGGGGUAACAAGCAGGCCUCCCUCGCCUGACAGCAUUGACACCGUAUACCCAUACAGAGCAAACCACACACAGUUUUCUUUAUCAGGGCUUCUACUUAGAGUUUCUCCUGAGACUAAACAUCCACAUUAGCCUCUGUCCCUAGUUUUUUCCAUAGCCAGAAGCAUAGAAUGUCUACACUUUGGGAAAAGGGACUCACAUGUUCCCUUCAGACUCUUCGCUGUUUAAAAAAGUGAGCUUUCAUCUUGCUGCUAUGUGGGCACUUCGUUAAAGGGUAUGGGUUCUGUAAAAAGCAAGUCCUUGUGUCUAAUUGUGUACCUGGGGUCAGGGAGCCGCUCACUCCUUCUUUAGGGAAUACAAAAUGAGGAUCAAAACCCAGGCACAAGCUGGGUAUCUUGAUCCCCACUGACCCAAGCAAGCACUCUUUGGUCCUGGUGGCAUUUUGGGUGACGCGCAGGCAGAAGGGGUCUCUGUAUAUCUGAUGCUGGUCACUGACAGACUUGUCUUUGUGUAGCUUAUCUAACACCUGCAGGCGCCUUCGGGCAUUCCCAAGGAAGAUCCAGUUAUCUAGGUGAUGCAAGUAGAGCAACUUGUGAUCCAAUGUGCAGAGAAACACUGUAAGCACUUUGUGACUUGAUUAUAGUCACUGUUGCCGCUGAGAUGUAAUAUUGCUUUCUUGAACCAAGAAGACUAACCAGAGACUCUGAACCUCUGUCUCAAAGCUAAGAAAACACAAUCAAUGACAUAAAGCUUGAUAGGGUAUCGAUAAUCUGGCUUCUUUACAAAUAGUCAUUCCUGAUAAACUUAAGUACAAAGACAGUACACUGGUUGUGAAAUUGUAGGGCUGGUCCCUGGUUUGAACCCAUGAUCUGAUUCUUAGUAUGUAGACUAUUGGCAUGGCUCUUCAUUCUAAUAUACAAUAAAAAUGGCACCCCAGAGACUUAGAAAUACACUCUGCUUUAUGAAACUUCAGUUUCCUGUCAUUUAAUUCGGAAGCUUUUUGGCUUAUCUGGAGGUUAAAUUGUGUAUCUAAAAUGACUUAUGGGGAGAGAGUAUAUUUUCUAAAGUUCUGACAGGACUGUGAAAGAGUCUGAAGUUUGAAGUUGAAUAAUGUAUAGUCUUACUGAAGAGCCCCUAACUCACUGUCGGUUUAAGGGGUCCUCCUCACCACUCAGGGUUGACACGCCUGGUCUUUAAUGGCUCCUUGUCAUUGUCAUUGUUCAUUCUUAGGUUCAGGCCAGGACUCAUCUAGAAAACAUUAUCUUAAUUCCUUCCUUCAUCUCCUUAGCAGUACAUUUUAUUAAGACGUUUUAUGUUAAAAAUACAUCUGUGUCCUGUUUUGAGGUUAUUGUUCCAUAAGUGAAUUAGCUUUCAUCUAGUCAGUCUGAGUUAUUUCCAGUUAGCCUUGUUAGAGAACAAGCCAGUCUGGAAAAGGCAGUCCUGUAAUGCAUGACGGUGGUAUAUCCACGUUCCCUUAAUAAUGGGAAGUAUUUUGAAACCCACAGAAGAAAUGUUUGAUGCUUUGAAAUAAAAACUAAAAGCAUUUGCAAAUGCUUUGUAAUCAAAGUGAUAGGUCUAGAGAGCAGAGUGGCUAAGGCUAAUGGGAGGGCAGGGAGGUGCUUGGAGAUUUCCUAAACCACGCCAUGCCAUUUGCUUAGACAUCCAAAGAGCUGCUUUGGAGCCAUUCUCUUGUCUGACCCAUUGGUGGUUGAAAGUGAUUGUGUUUUCUUGGUAAAUGUUUAAGCAGCUGACAACCAUGAAGACAUGCUCUCCUUACUGUUGCAUAUCAUAUGCUGAUGCCAACCAAGGUUACCAAAGGUCUGGGAGGGAAACUACCACACAGUCUUCUCGUUUUUCUUAGAAAUACAAACAAAUCCAAACUAACCAUCCAUCUGAGUCACCUUGUUUUCUAUGUCGCCCUGUCAUGAGAAAUGCUGUCCACACGUAUGGUUUCCAUGUUAAGAACUCUGUAUCAGCUGUUACUUAGUUCUUCUGUUCCACUGAGUGGUGUUUCUUCGGUCAGACUCUAUUUUCUCACCUGAAGGCACUGAGUGUGUUGCUGUGAUACAUGGAUGAAUCCUGAGCAGCUCAGUUCUGGUGUUUUUAUAUUAUGUGAUAGUUUUGUGAGAUGCUUUUGUGCAUUUUUUGUCUUCUUUUCCAAGUUUUGAAAUCUGUCGUGAAUAAACUUUUUCACUGUGCACCUAAAA